UCUGCAUUCCACACAAAAAUACAAUGGUCAUGGAGCACCUUUCACUGAAGAAAGAGUGCAUUGAUGUAAUACCUCAAAAUGAUGACCAAACUGACAUUUCAGAAAAGGAUGAGAAUACUAACAUCAUUUCACAAAGCAAUGAUAAAAGUAACAGUGUUCCCAUAAACAUUAAAAAUGAUCGUAAUGAAAAGGAUAGAUUGAUAGUUUCCAAAUUUGAGGAAGACAAUGACUGUAUAUCCAAAAAUGAUCGAAAUAAAAAGGAUGGAUGGAAUGUUUUCAAAUUUGAGGAAGACAAUGACUGUAUAUCCAAAAAUGAUCAAAAUGAAAAGGAUGGAUGGAAUGUUUCCAAAUUUGAGGAAGACAAUGACUGUAUAUCCAAAAAUGAUCAAAAUGAAAAGGAUGGAUGGAAUGUUUCCAAAUAUGAGGAAGACAAUGACUGUAUAUCCAAAAAUGAUCAAAAUGAAAAGGAUGUACGGAAUGUUUCCAAAUAUGAGGAAGACAAUGACUGUAUAUCCAAAAAUGAUCAAAAUGAAAAGGAUGGACGGAAUGUUUCCAAAUAUGAGGAAGACAAUGACUGUAUAUCCAAAAAUGAUCAAUAUGAAAAGGAUGGACGGAAUGUUUCCAAAAAUGAGGAAAACAAUGACUGUAUAUCCAAAAAUGAUCAAUAUGAAAAGGAUGGAUGGAAUGUUUCCAAAAAUGAGGAAGACAAUGACUGUAUAUCCAAAAAUGAUCAAUAUGAAAAGGAUGGAUGGAAUGUUUCCAAAUUUGAGGAAGACAAUGACUGUAUAUCCAAAAAUGAUCAAAAUGAAAAGGAUGGAUGGAAUGUUUCCAAAUAUGAGGAAGACAAUGACUGUAUUUCUAAAAAUGAUCAAAAGAAUUGUGAAGAUGGAUUGAGUUUUUCUCUAAAGGAUGGGGAUGGUGACUGCCACAUUUCUGAAAAUGAUCAAAAUAGUGACAAUAUUAAUGGAUAUGUUUCCCAAAGUAAUGAGGAAAAUGACAGUGCUUCAGGAAAUGAUAAGUGUGAUAAUGACCUUCUCAAAAGUAAUAAUCCAGGUAUCUCUGAAGGUAAACAAAUUGUUGUAUCACUCUGCCCAUUAGAGAUUCAAAACUGGAGGAGAUAUCACAGGAUAUCCUCAACAAGGAACGGCACUACCAUUGCCACGUUUUCGACUUUUUCGUGUCCUGUAUUUAAGUGCAAGAACACACAUAAUCCUAAGGAAAAAUGCCUGAAUUGUAAAACGCAUUUUACAAAUUCGAGGCUUCGAACGUGUACUAAAGGAGACAAGCACACACAGUCCAACAUGCUGUCCUAUAGAGGGGACAACAGGUUUAAAUGUGAACCUUACUCAAGCAAAUUUAAAACAUUUGAAUCUUUAAAGGCCCAUAAGCAACAAGUGAAACGUGGUAAACUUAAAUGUGAAAUAUGUUUUAAAGUGUUUGACAAGAAAUUUGAUUACACGGUUCACAUGCGUGUCCACACUGGGGACAAAUGGAACGAGAGAGAGAAACCAUUCAACUGUAAUAUUUGUUCAAAGGGAUUCAGUACAAAGUUUUAUCUUGUUUUACACAUGAAAUCUCACACUGGACAACAAAGUAGUUUUAAGUGUGACAUUUGUAUGAGAGAAUUCUGUACAAACUCGAGACUUCGCAACCAUAUGCGGAUCCACACGGGAGCAAGACCUUUUCAAUGUAAAAUAUGUUUUGCUGGAUUCGCACAAAAAUAUAAUCUUAACGAUCAUAUGAAUACCCACUUAAGGGAAAAGACAAUCAAAUGUGAAAUAUGCUUAAAAACAUUCACAACAAAAAGGCUUUUGAAACGUCACUUACUCACACACAGUGACGAAAGACCAUUCAAAUGUGACAUGUGCAGUAAAGCAUUUAAACUCAAUGCCAAACUCCAGCGUCACAAAAUGGUUCACACAGGAGAAAAACCGUUCAAAUGCCAAAUCUGUUCAAAACGUUACACUGUGAAAGCAUAUUUGAUAAAUCAUUUUAAGAUUCACACUGGAGAGACCAGAGAAUAUUUCAAAUGUGACACAUGUUCCAAGUCUUUUACUGAUAUAAGCAACUUGAGGUCGCAUAUCAGACUCCACAC